AUGGAGACCCGCGGCUCCGCAGUCCUGAGUUUGGGGCAACUUUUUGCUCCCUUUGGGGAGCGCCAGCCCGACGAACAACCUGCAUUAGCCCCGGCAUGGCGAGAAGACGCCGAGGAGGAGGAGGAGGAGGAGGCGGCAGCGGCGGAGAACCCCGCAGAGCAGCGACAGCAGCAGCAGCAGCGGGACUGCGCGGUCGCAGCCGCCCGGGAGAAGGACGAGGAGGCGCUGCUGGAGUGGCGCCGUCGCCGCGGCCGCUCCUUCUCGCUGCCCGACAGCCCGUCUUUGGCCGCGGCGCGGUUCUUCCAGAGCAGGCGAAUCCCGGGCGACAGCGACGGGAGCGAGGAUGACGAGGCGGCGGCGGCGGCGUCGCCGACGGGGGCCAUCCGCGGCUGCUGCACCAAGUGCAAGAAGCGGGUGCAGUUCGCCGAUGCCCUGGGCUUGUGCUUGGCCAGCGUCAAGCAUUACAGCGCGGCCGAGGAGCCGCAGGUGCCUCACGCCGUGCUCUCCCGCUUGCAGAGCUUCCCCAUGCGGCAGAGGGACUUCGAGGACUUCACCGCCGCCCUGGCCGAGUUGGGGGGUUGCGCGGCGUCGUCGUCGCCGUCUUUCCCUCGGCCGCCGCCGCCUCAAGUCCCGCUCCGGCUCGCGCCCCCGUUGGAUGGGGCGGACGAGCAAGUCAGCGGCGAGCGGCUGCGGCGGGACCGCGUCUGCCUGGAGGAGGUGGCGGGGACGGCGCUGGCCGGGGCUCCCACGGACGUGCGUGGCGUGGUGAGGGUGCUGAGUUGCCCCGGCUCCAAGGAGGUGACGGUACGCUACACCUUCAACGAGUGGCUUUCUUUCCUCGACGUCCCCGCUCUGCCCCUCCCGGAUGGGGACCCUUCGGACGGCCCCGCUCCGGUCGAGCGUUACCGGUUCGCGCUCUGCCUUCCUCCUGGUUUGCCGGACGGGACGGCCGUGCAUUUCGCUAUCUGCUAUCGAAGCCAGCAUGGGGAGCAUUGGGACAACAACGGCGGGACCAACUAUACCCUCCGUGAUUGCAGCGCCGAGAAAUCUGCAAGUCCCCCGUGA